ACCUAGGUACCUAGGUAGAUACUCAGAACCUUGUCCUUGACUUCCUAGGUACGUAAAAAACGACGUAAAACGACGUAAUCAACCAAGCUUCAGCAAAUCUUACCCUAUAACCCUACCUAGAGACCUCAGAUUUUCAACUCCCUUACAUCAGGUGCAGUAUAUUUUUCAACCUUUCCGUUGAACGACAAGAAGAAAAAAAAGAUUAGACAUAAUAAGAAUUUAAAAUUUUUGUCUAAUCAAAUCAACUUUAGAAAGAUAUAAAUACCUUACCUACCUAUAUAAACCCGAUCAAAGGUAAAGAAGAGAGCAAGACACAUCAUAAAAAAUGGCCGGAGAAAAAAGCCUAAACGAGCUGUUAAAAUGGAGCAUCGAGAACUCCACCGAAGCCGACCCCUCGGCGGCGGCGGCGGCGCCCGUCGUCCCCAACGCGCCGCGCACAGCCCUGAACGCCGAGGCCCUCGCGGCGCUCAUGGGCGCGCCGUCCGACGCGGAGCUCAUGCAGGCCGCCGUCGAGCACAUCACGUCGAGCGACCCGGAGAUCACGCUCGAGUCCAAGCUGACGGCCUUCGACAACCUCGAGCAGCUGGUCGAGUCGCUCGACAACGCGAACCUCCUGGCCAAGCUGGGCCUGUGGACCCCGCUGCUCGAGCUGCUCGGCCACGACGACGACCAGAUCCGCCGCAUGGCCGCCUGGUGCGUCGGCACCGCCGUCCAGAAUAACGAGCCCAGCCAGGAGCGCCUCGUCGCGCUCGGCGGCGUCGAGAAGCUCGUCAGGAUGGCGCUUGGCGACCGGUUGCCCAUGGAGAAGCGCGCCGGUGCCGGCGAGGAGACGACGGAAGAGAGCGCUGCUGCCGAUCGGGAAGAGACGAAGGACGUGCGCCGCAAAGCGAUUUAUGCGCUUAGUUCCGCCGUGAGGAAUUACCAGCCCGCGUUAGAUGUUGCCGCCAAGGAGCUGCGGAAGAGGGGUGAACAAGUCCCAGAGGGUAUCGAUGCAACGGACAUGGAUGCCGUGGACGGAAUCAUCAAUGGAUUGAAGCAGAAAGCUUUGAAUGCAUAAAUACCGGUGGUUACGGGCGGCGUGGGAAAAGUAACAUCGUGGCAUCAUCGGCGUUGGCGGGCACAUCUAGGUCAAUCAAAAAAAAAAGGGGGGAAGGGAUCUACGUGGUCAUGACACAUCACUUGAGAGAGAUGGUUACGGAUUUUAACAAUCGU